AUGGCACAAGCAGGGGUGGUUGCCUUCAACAUUGGGGCAUUCGUCUCCACGCUAUUCUUACUCGAAUUCGGAGCCGACAAGUUUAUCGCGCACACCUCUAUUGUCGCGGCGCGUACUAAAAUCUCAGAGGUUGUCAUUGGACUCGUCACCGCUGGUGCAGAAUGGGAAGAGCUGGCGGUUGUGGUCGGGUCUCUUGCGCAAGGCCGAUCGUCCUUAGCGCUGGGUAAUGUCGUUGGGGCAUCUAUAUCCAAUAUCCUAGGCGCCUUUUCUCUUGGGCUUUUGUUCUAUGGCCAAGGAGAGGUCGUCGAGUUUGACAGAAGCUCGCGAAUCUACUCGCUCUUGGUCCUUGUCCUGACAACCUCAGUAACGCCAAUCAUCUAUCACUCGACAGCUAUUACCUGGCUCACGGGAGGCAUUCUUCUUAUCGCUACAUUUGCGGUCUACUUCCUACUCAUAGCAGUUGCCAUUGGUCGAGGAGUCCUCACAGCCCCAGAAGAUUCUGAUAGUGAUAGCGACGACGACGAUAAUGAAGCCAAUUCGGUGUCAAGUAGGACUGCGUUGCUGAACGAUGAUACCACCACACGCCAAAGUCAACGCCGACAUGGUCUCGGCUACCACGCGCUCUACCUCUUAUUCGGAUUCCUCGCAAUCUGUCUCGCAGGUUAUGUCCUAUCUCAAGCCGCAACGAACAUCACGGAUGCGCUAGGCAUGUCUGAUGUUCUCUUCAGCGUUGUAAUCCUUGCCAUCGCCACCACUCUGCCUGAGAAAUUUAUUGCCGUCAUGAGUGGCUUCCGAGGGCAUCCGGGUAUACUUGUCGCAAACUGCGCCGGUAGUAAUAUAUUCCUGUUGUCGCUCUGUUGUGGUAUCAUCAUGGUCGGCACGCGAGGCGACUUGGAUAAGGGAACCAUGACGAUUACAGAGCUGUCGGUUUUAUGGCUGUCAACGGUCGCAUUUACAGCUACUGUCUGGUUUGGCGGCAGCUAUGCCCGCUGGAUUGGUGGUGCUAUGCUCGGUAGCUACGUUGGGUUUAUUAUCUUGGAGUUCACCGUGAUACACUCAGUCUAG